CACAUCAUCUCACCAUGGGUAAAGUCCACGGAUCUUUGGCACGUGCCGGUAAAGUCAAGUCUCAGACCCCCAAGGUCGCCAAGCAGGAGAAGAAGAAGCCCAAGACUGGUCGCGCAAAGAAGAGACAGGUUUACAACCGUCGUUUCGUCAACGUCACUGCCACCAUUGGCGGUAAGCGCAGAAUGAACCCUGCCCCCACUGCUGGCCCUUAAAGCGUCCAACAAACAAGCAAAACUUCUUCCAAACUUAUAAAAAAAAAUAAAAGACUACCAACUUUCAAACCGAAAUAAAGUAAUUCUAUUUUUUC